AUGGCAUCAAUGGUUGCUAAACCCAGUAGUAGUAGUUGUCCCAGUCAAGUGUCGCCAUUGGUGUCAAUCCAGGAGAAGGGAAGCAGGAAUAAGAGGAAGUUCAGCGCUGAUCCACCUUUGGGUGACCCAAGUAAGAUUAUGUCUUCGGUUCUGAAUGAGUGUCAAGGUUAUGAAUUUUCUGCUGAGAAAUUCGAAGCCACUCCGGGUCAUGGGCUGUCCAGUGUCUGUGACUUGUGUGGUGUAAACCAAGACCAUUCUGAUGGGUUAAAACUUGACCUUGGAUUGUCUAGUGCCUUAGGUUCAUCUGAGGUUGGGCCAAGCCAGCCCAGAGGGGAAUUAGAGGCAGAUGAAUCCCAUGAUGCUGAUUGGAGUGAUCUUAUAGAAUCUCAGCUAGAAGAACUUGUUUUGAGCAAUUUGGAUGCAAUCUUCAAGAGUGCAAUUAAGAAAAUUGUUGCUUGUGGUUAUACCGAAGAAGAGGCUACAAAGGCCAUUUUGAGGUCUGGUCUUUGUUAUGGGUGUAAAGACACCGUGUCAAAUAUAGUGGAUAAUACUUUAGCAUUUCUUAGGAACGGUCAAGACAUUGAACCUUCAAGAGAGCAUUGUUUUGAGGAUUUACAACAGCUGGGGAAGUAUGUAUUGGCAGAAUUGGUUUGUGUUCUUAGGGAAGUCAGGCCUUUCUUCAGCACUGGAGAUGCAAUGUGGUGCUUGUUAAUUUGUGACAUGAAUGUUUCUCAUGCUUGUGCAAUGGAUGGUGAUCCCUUGAUCAGCUUUGCUGCCGAUGGUGCUUCAAAUGGGACCUCAUCUGUUUCCCCUCAACCCCAGUCGAAACCAGAAUCCAAAUCUUCUGAACUAAAUCUUCCAAAUCCUUGUUCUCAAUCUGAGGCAAGCACCAAUGUGACAGGAGUUCACAAAAUUACAAAACCUAAGAACUCUGCUGUUCUCAACGGACCAGUCUCGGAUAAAGAGGGAACAGAUUCUAUAGUUGAUCCUAGCAAUAAAUCCUUCAAUGUUGCAGGAUCAUCUCAAUCUACUAUAUUGGAAGAAAAGUUUGUUGUUAGUAGGAAGGCCCCUUCUGGUGGUAAUAAGAGAGAAUACAUACUUCGACAGAAGUCACUUCAUCUGGAGAAGAGUUACCGAACGUAUGGAUCUAAAGCUUCAAGAGCAGGGAAACUAAGUGGUUUGGGUGGUUUAAUUUUGGAUAAGAAACUAAAAUCUGUUUCAGACUCUUCUUCUGUUAACAUAAAGAAUGCUUCAUUAAGAUUAAGCAAGGCAAUGGGAGUCGAUGUGCCUCAAGAUAACAGGAACCUGAAUCUUCCUGGCAAUCCCUCUUCCCAAGCAACAUUUAAUUCAGAGUCUUCUAGUAUAGGCUCUUCUAUCCCUAAGACUGAUAUCUCAUCAUCAUUACCCCAAGUAAGUGCCCUGCCAGCCCUGCCAGCUCUACCUGCAGUCAAUACCCCACCUGCAUCAUCAGCUGCCGAUACUGAGCUCUCUCUUUCACUGCCUGCAAAAAGCAACUCAACUUCAGAUCCUACUAGUUGUAGUGCUGAGGCACGUAAAUCUAGUUAUGCUAAGAUACCAUAUAACAAGUCUCUGAUGCAGUGGGUCCCCUGUGACAAGAAGGAUGAGAUGAUUAUGAAGCUUAUUCCCAGGACACAGGAACUACAAAAUCAGCUCCAAGAAUGGACAGAAUGGGCAAAUCAAAAGGUUAUGCAGGCUGCUCGAAGGCUGGGUAAGGACAAGGCUGAACUUAAGUCACUAAGGCAAGAGAAGGAAGAGGUUGAAAGGCUCAAGAAAGAGAAGCAAACUCUGGAGGAAAGCACUAUGAAGAAGCUUACUGAGAUGGAAAAUGCUUUGUGCAAGGCCAGUGGGCAGGUGGAGAGAGCCAAUUCAGCUGUCCGGAGGCUUGAGGUGGAGAAUGCUGCGUUGAGGCAAGAAAUGGAGGCUGCUAAGUUACGUGCAGUUGAGUCAGCUGCAAGCUGUCAGGAAGUAUCAAAGAGGGAGAAGAAAACACAAAUGAAGUUUCAGUCAUGGGAGAAGCAAAAAACUCUACUCCAGGAAGAGUUUGCGACUGAAAGACGCAAGGUUUUAGAGCUACUACAGGAUCUUGAACAGGCCAAACAAAUACAGGAACAACAUGAGGCUAGAUGGCGACAGGAAGAGAAGGGAAAGGAAGAACUACUCAUGCAGGCCAGUUCGACAAGAAAAGAGAGAGAGAGCAUCGAGGCUUCAGCUAAAUCCAAGGAGGGCAUGAUCAAAUUGAAAGCGGAAUCCAAUUUGCAGAAGUUGAAGGAUGAUAUUCAGAAGCUUGAAAAAGAAAUCUCCCAAUUGAGACUGAAGACUGACUCUUCAAAAAUUGCAGCACUUCGAAGGGGCAUUGAUGGAAGCUAUGCGAGCAGACUAGCAGAUAUAAAAAGUAGUCCCGCCCAAAAGGAGUCAAGCCCCCUUAUAUCUCAGAAGUGGCCACAGAUUUCCAUGACUACUCUGAGACAGGAGGUGGUUUGCACAACAUGCAAUGAGCUCCACGAGAAACAAGGGAUGAAGGACUGCCCUUCAUGCAGGGGCCCCAUCCAGCUGCGCAUUCCUGUACCUGGCUAUCUGGAAGGAAGGAAUUAUCCAUUUGGUUCCAAUGGUGGAAUUUUGGACGAGUCGCUAUUUGAGCUUGAUAAAUGGGCAUUAAAUUUUGAGCUACAGAAUCCUUUACUUGGAAAGAAUUGA